GCGCUGCUGAUGGCGGUGUGGGCGGCGCUGCCGCCCGCCCGCGCUCCCGCCGUGCCGCUCCAGCGCCCCGCCACCUGCGCCACCGACCGCUACUUCGACAGCUCCCGCCUGGCCUGCGCGCCCUGCGGAGCCCACCAGCGGCAGAGCGCCGGCGGUACUUCCUGUGUAUGUGAGCCAGGAUACAGGAUGGUUUCCAGUAAUGGUGGGUUCUCUGUUACUUGUGAAAAAUGCCCAGAAAAUAUGAGUGGAGUUACUCAGGAUGGGUGGAAUUGUAUUACUUGUCCUAAAGACCUGACUUUGGAAGGAAAAUGUAAAUGCCCCAAUAAUGAAAUAUUAGUGGAAAGAAGCAUCGAUGGCAUCUUGCUUAACAAAGCAUUGUGCAUACAUUGUAAUGGAAGUGAGCAGUCAUUCUCUGCUUCAGAUGCAUCAGGAAGUAGGUGUGUAAGAUGUGAAAAAACAUUCAUCCAUGUAAGCAAGUCUUGUGACUGCAGCAGCCCAAACAUUCUAACUGGGGGAUUGUGUUUCUCUGCUCAGGAAAGUUUACCCCCAAAGGGAGUUGCAACUGUUCGUUUUGCACAGCUGGGUAUAACACUGACAUCAGCAUGGUUUCUGAAAAACCUCCAGUCCUCAGCCUUUGCCUGCUGGUUGUACUCAAAUGUAACAGCAUGCCAAGCUCUUGGAAAUAUGUGUGUGAUGAAUAUGAACUCAUUGAGUUCUUCAAGUACAGAUGCCUGUGGUUUGUUUCAAUAUAUUUUUAUCGGUACAGCAAGACUAGGCAUUGUUCAUUCAAUAGCCUACUGGAGGCAUAAUCUUCCCUGGCUAUAUUACGGUGAUCAACCAGGAUUAGCAUCUCAAGUGCUUGAGAAAAAUCAUUUCCCUACAACUUUCAGUUUUAAAGGAAGAGAUAAGGAUGUAAAACUGCAAUUUAUUGCAGCCUCGUUUGAUGCAGCAGGAAACUUUCUUAAAUGGCAAAGUUUGGAAGGGGGCAUCUUACAGCUUUGUCCUGAUACAGAAACUAAAUUGGAUGCAGCUUAUACGUUUGGAACAACUUACCAACAAAGUUGCAAAAUUUCAGUUUCCAAGAUUUUAUUGGAUUUUCCUAAUCCAAUCUUUUAUGACCUGUUUCUUGAAUAUAAUGGCGACAAUGGACAACAGCAUCUUUGGGCCGUGCCAGUUUUAAAUUUGAAUCUUCAAUACAAUGAAAAGUUUGUUAAUCAAGGCAGUAAUAUGAACAACUGGCUUUUGACUCGUCGAUUUUUUUUGGUGGACACGCUUAGUGGAAAAGAGACUGACUUGGGAAAACCACCAAGGGUAAUUCGGAUUGCUAGCGAAAUAGAAAUAAGUAUUCGUCUGGUAUCCCACAUGCAGAAAGGAACUAUAUACCCUCCUCUAAUUACUAUUGCUUACACGGAUGUGCUUGUCCAAAACCCUGAAACCCAGAGUGUGAUGGUUUCAUUCUCAGUCAGUUAUGAGAUGGAUCAGUCAGAGGCUCGGAUUCAGACUGAUGUCGCAUUGGGUGUGUUGGGUGGGCUCGCAGUGUUGUGGUCCCUUCUCAAGACUGCAGGCUGGAAGAGGCGUACAGGAAGCUCUAUAAUUGACUUGCAGACAGUUUUCAAGUUCUUACUGUUUUAUGCUGGAGACCUUGCCAAUGUUUUCUUCAUCAUCACAGUGGGCACAGGGAUUUAUUGGCUUGUAUUCUUCAAAGCUCAGCAGUUUGUCUCUGUCCUUUUACCACUUCCAUCUCAAGAAGAAGAUUUUGUUACAUACAUAGCAUGUGCAUUUAGUUUAAAGGCUCUGCAAUUCUUACAGUUGCUGAUUUCACAACUUACUGUAGAUAUUUUCUUUAUUGAUUGGGAAAGACCUAAAGGCAAAGUUCUUAAAGCAGUUGAAGGUGAAGGUGUUAUUAAAAGUGCUGCUGUACCUGUGAGCAUAUGGAGGACAUAUUUUGUAGCAAAUGAAUGGAAUGAAAUUCAGACAGUGAGGAAGAUAAAUCCCCUCUUUCAAGUGCUUGCAGUUCUUUUUUUUUUGGAGGUGGUAGGAUUUUCAAACCUGGCCUUAAUGGAUGCUUCUUCCAGUCUUACAAGAAGCAGCGAGAGCUACGUAGCCCCUUGGAGCCGCAUUUUAAGAUUCGGUGUGUCUGUUGCACUCUGGAUAGCCAUUGCCAUCCUACAGGUUAUAUUUUUUUCUGUGUUUUAUGAAAGAUUUGUUGAAGAUAAGAUAAGCCAAUUUGUUGACUUGUGUUGCGUGAGCAAUAUUUCAGUGUUUCUCUUGUCACACAGCUGCUUUGGUUAUUAUAUCCACGGUCGCUCAGUGCAUGGGCACGCAGAUACCAACAUGGAAGAAAUGAAUAUGAACCUAAAGAGAGAAGCAGAAAAUCUGUGCAGUCAGAGAGGUUUGUUACCGAACACAGAUGGGCAGACGUUUCAGAUUUCCAUUUCAAGAAAAAUGCGACUGCACUAUGACUGGAUUCAUGAAACCCUAACAAGAAAACGUGGUCCUGCAAGGCUUUUGGACUCGUCUUCAAAUACCUUCGAACAAAGCACAAGGGCAUACAACACCAUGAACAAAUUUCUCAGUUCUUUUAUUGAUCACGUUCAUAAAGAAAUGGAUUAUAUUGUUAAAGAUAAGUUGCUACUUGAACGGAUUCUUGGCAUGGAGUUCAUGGAACCAAUAGAGAAAAGUAUUUUUUAUAAUGACGAAGGACACUCUUUCAGUGAUGUUCUCUACUAUGGAAAUGAAACAACACUGCUCAUUUUCGAUAUCCUGUUUUUCUCCGUUGUGGAUCUGGCUUCCCAAAGUUUUGUUUUAGCAGCUAUUCUGACAUACUUGCAGCAAGAGAUAUUUAGGUUUAUCCGUUGUACACUUGGGCAGAAGAAUUUGGCAUCCAAAACCUUGGUGGAUGAAAGAUUUCUCAUUUAAUUAAGAAGAUGAAAAACUUCAUUGAGGAGUUAAUUGUGGAAAUUAUGUCCAUGAUCGAAGCAUCUCUGAUCUGCAGAUUAAUUGUAGAGCACUUUU